AUGCGCGUCUCUCUCCUCUGCGCAUCUCUCGUCGCCCUCUCCGGCGCGACGAGCCCUCCAUCGGCGAAAGAGUCCUGCAGAGCGCACCCCGACAACGCGCGCUGGCCCUCGGCAGACGACUGGGCGCGGCUGGCCAAGGCCCUUGACGGGCGGCUCAUCAAGCCCACGCCGCCAGCGGCCGCCUGCCACGCCGGACAGCCCGGGCACGACCCAGCGCGCUGCGCCGAGGUGAAGAAGGCCUGGGAGACGACCGAGUUCCACGGCGGGAACCCCGUGUCGGUGCUGCUCGACCAGUUCACCAACUACACCUGCCUGCCGGACGCGGCCUACCCGUGUACCGGCGCUGGGUAUCCCGCGUAUGUGGUCAACGCGACGACGGCGAGGCAUAUCAAGCUCGGCGUCGACUUUGCCCGAGAGCACAACGUCCGUCUCGUCGUCAAGGCCACCGGGCACGACUUCAUCGGCCGCUCCAUCGCCCCCGGUGCCCUGUCCAUCUGGACGCACAACCUCAAAGACAUCGCCUACCACCCGGGCAACUUUAAGCUCUCCGGCUCCGGCAAGGUGCUUCGCGGCAACGCCAUGACCCUCGGCGCGGGCAUCCAGCUCAACGAAGCGUACGCCGCCGCCGACGAGCACAGGCAGGCCGUCGUCGGUGGGCAGGGCAGCACGGUGGGCAUCGUCGGGUACGUCACCGGCGGCGGGCACUCGUCGCUCGGUCCGCGGUAUGGUAUGGCCGCCGACAGCGUCUUGGAGAUGCUCGUCGUCACGCCGGGGGGCAAGAUUGUCGCCAUCAACGAAGACCAGAACCGGGACCUCUUCUGGGCAAUGCGAGGCGGCGGAGGGUCGACGUUUGGGGUCGUCGUGUCGGUGACGCUGAGGACGUUUCCCACGCCGCAGGUCACCAACGGCGGGUUCAUCGUCUUCACCGAUCCCAACGAACACGCCAUCAAGGACGAGCUCAUCGCAUACGUCUCGUCACAAGUCCCCGUGCUCAUGGACCAAGGCGUUUCGGGCUACCUCUUUCUGUCGCCCGGCAUGUCGCUGCCCAACAACACCACGGUGCCAGGCGUGCCCUCCGAAUUCGCCGGCGCGUUCGGUACCGUCUUGAUCCAGGACGCCGUCGAUCGGGAGGCCGCCAUGCUGCGGGCAUUCAAGCCGUUGAACGACACCAUCCAGGAGCGCUGGCUCGGAAAGGUCACGCUGAUUCUACUCCCCAAGCACUACAGCUCGUUUUGGGAGUUCCACAAGGAGAACCACGACGCGGGCCACGGAGGCGGCGGCAGCUAUGUCGCGUCGAGGAUCUUGCCGGGCCGGGCGCUGCGGGGGAACAACACUAGGUUCACGUCUGCGCUGAAGGAGGCGUUCAAGGCCAACAAGCGCUUCGAUCUGUUCUUGGUCGGUGGCAAGGGCGUGGCGGGCGCACGACCAAGGGGUGGCAGCAACUCCGUCCAUCCAGCAUGGCGAACAGCUGCCGUCAUGGGAAUGUCGUCUGUCACCGUUCCACCGUUCAACAAGACGGCUGAAGAGGCGGCCAUCAGGCUCUUGGACGAUUCCUUCGAGCCGAUGCGACUUCUGGACACACAAUCGGGCUCCUACAUGAACGAGGCCUUCCUUUUUGAAAAGAACUGGCAGCAGUCCUUCUGGGGCGACAACUAUCCGAGGCUGCUAAGUAUAAAGCGGGACGUCGACCCGUCUGAUGUCUUCUGGUGCAAAACAUGCGUUGGCAGCGAGGGCUGGAGGCAGACACCAGACGGACAACUCUGCAGGGUGGGUGCCAUGUAAUGUACAGGACAAGAUUGGGGUGCUUGAUUUGAGUGGAU